AUGCGAACUCCCAAAACUAUCAUCGACUUGGAGCUCUUCGCUUCGCCUGUCGACUUUUGGGAAGAUACCGUAAUGGACAACAUCGACGACGAAUAUGAACGGUUUGUAGAACAUCUUCACGACUGUACGAGGAAAGCGAAGAGUUUAAAAACCACCAAGAGAUGCCGGUCUCCGAAAACUCUAGAACUGAUACGUCAGCGUGGACAUGCACGGGCUGCAGGCAACCAAGAACUCACGUCCGGAGUCGCAAAGCUUUGCAGAGAAGCGAUAAAGGAAGACGUCAAAGAAAGAAGAGCAAAAGUGUUGGCUGAAGCUGCAGAGGCGGGACGGAGCAUUUGUUAUGUCCGUCGGAACUUCGCCAAUCGUAAAACAACAAUGACUGCUCUCCGGACCCCAGAUGGAACAACUACAGCAUCGAGAAGGGGGAUGGAAAAGGUCAUUCACGACUUCUACUCGGAUCUCUUCGACAGCCACGUCCACUUGCCUCCUUACCAUCUGAGGAAAGAUAGACGUGUGAUUUCAAAGGUCCUCCCUUCUGAAGUCCGACAUGUCAUCGUGUCGGUGACGAAUCGUACUUCACCCGGUAUCGACAGAAUCAAGAAUGAACAUCUGAAGUGCCUACCGCCAGUCCUCAUCAACACACUGGCGAGGCUCUUCACUCGUUAUCUGUCGGAAUGCAAGGUUCCUAAGCAAUCAGAAACCAGCAAGACUGUGCUGUUGUAUAAGAAGGGAGACCCACAAGACAUCGGCAACUAUCGUACAAUCUGCUUAUUGUCUGUCGUCUACAAGCUCUUCACAAGAGUAAUCCUAAACAGGAUAGAAAGAAAAUUAGAUGAAGGACAGCCAUGCGAGUAA